AUGGAUCUACGAGAUGAAGCAUUUUAUGAUUUUAUUCGUCAAAUUUCUGAAAAGCGAGUGGCAGAGCUGUUUGCCUUUCAAAAUUGCGAUGGAGUUGACUCAUUUCUCGGAUGCAAAGAAUGUACUGAUGUACUUCGUUUUGAAUCUGAUCAAUUCAAUGAUCUUAAACAAAAUAUAUGUAUUACAUUACGUGACGGAUCCGUUGCUCUUCUACCAGAUCUUGAAUCAUCGAUUAGUAAUCUCAUCAAACUCCUUAAAAGAGCUCCGAGCACCACUUCGUCCAAUCUAGCAACAACAACUGUACCGACAUACUAUUCGACAAUUCAUACACCUUCACCAUCAGAUAUAUCAAUGUUUGCUAAUUCAUCUAACUCGUCAUCACUUAAUUUUUCAACUGCAUCUAAUCCUCUUAUAGAUCAGAUGUCAAAUAGAAUUUCAACAAUUAUUAUCGAUUGGCUCAAGAAAAACCAACAAAAACUAAAUUUAGUGAAUAUGAAUUUUCAACAAGGUAUCGAUUUUGUUGUUGAAGUAAAUAAACAACGAAAUGGAAUUAUCUUAGUCGGUGGAAAUGUGCCACGAGAAAUGCUAUUACACAAAAACGAGGAAUUCUUAGAGUAAGAGAUUGAAUAAUUUAAUCUUUAAAUUUUGUGUACUAAAAAAAAGAUCCUUUAAUUUAGUUU